AUGGUCUUCCAGAACACAGUGCCCCAGCCGGCACCACACUCUCCGGACACAGGCAUGGGACUCACCCAUCUGCCCACCGAGGUCUUGUUCCAGAUAUGUCUCUAUGUCGACCACCCCUCAAGCCUCAGCCGGGCACACUCAAAGUUCCACUCGCUGCUGUCGUCACCGCGGCUGCAGGCGUCCUGGCUCAUGCGGCACCGAGACUGGGUCUUUGCCGAGAUAUUCCGCCUGGGCCCCUUCCUGGAACUCAAGGUGCAGCAGGACCGGUUUCCUCUCAGUCUGCUGAAGGAGCCGGUUUGCUGUCUUCUUGUUGCCAAUGUUCGAAGGCUUGUUGAUCAGCAGCGGCUGGUCCGUCCACCCAGCAAGUCGGUCUGGGCCGACCAGUGGGACGACGAUGGCGACCAGAGCUGCCUUCCGCGGCUACUGCAUUUGCUCUGGCGGCUGGCCGUCUACAGAGGAUACGGGCUGCUCUGCACGAGCCUGUUGGCCUUUUACGAAACGGAGUACCAGGCUAAUCUUCCCAAGCCCAGCCCAGUUCUGCCUCGCGGCCGAGCCAGGACAGCAUCAUCGGGAUCGACACUGCCGCCAGCGCCCAAGCGGGCCAGCACUAUCCCGCCGUCGAGAUUCGCCGAUAUCCAGGUCCUCUCGGAGGCGCUCUGUAUCAGCUUGCGGCUCGGGAACGUCCAGAUUGCCCAGGACAUUGUCCGCUCCUUCAAACAGCGCAGCGUCAAGCUCAGCGAGCAGCACUGGAUCGCCGCAGCCUGGUGCACCACCGGGAGUUCCAUGCUCGCCCUGCUCGACGAGACGAUCGGCUGCGAGCAGCUCGGCCGGCCCAACUGGGAUAUUAUCUUUGAGUUUUCGCAAAAGCUCCGUCGCCCCGGCCUCAGCGGAUUCAUCCACGAAGCCUGGGAACGCUACUCGGCCCUGCUUCCGGAGCUUGGACUUGACCUUCAGUAG